GUAAGGAGCCAGGUACGUUGGACAUUUCUAAGUGAAUUGAAGAUGAGUUUACAAAGGACAACUGUAUACCUUUGUGGAAUAUUAUUACUCCUGUGGGAUGCUAACGCUCAAUGUACAAAUGGAACUACUUCUUACGAUCCAACUACUAGUGAUCCUCACUACUUCAAUCUAUGUCAAAAUUGUCAACAAACUCGUGUUAAUUGCCCUCCCUUAACUCUAUAUGUUCAGGGAGUCACCACUGCUACUAAAACAGAUUGUGACAAUGCCUACGGGGGUUGCUCUACAACAAGAGCUGGCUGCGUUCCGUGCAAAUACUUUCCAUGGCUUGGCACUCAGGGUUCAAUAAUAGCCCCAGCAUGCAAGAAAAGUGGGCCACUCGCACCAUACUGCGAUCCAUCAUAUUACUGGUUUUGCCCAACUAUUUAUGGAAAGGCUGAGUUAAGACAAUGCCCGCCUGGCUCUGGAUUCACUACUUAUAAAACAACAGGUUGUACUAUUUGGUGGCAAUGGAAUCAACCCGGGCCAUCAUCCCCUUAGAACGCGUAUUAAAUAAAAUUUAAACUACUGUCCUGAAAUAAAGAUUUUUUGCGAAAGAUUGAA